ACAGUGGCGAUCCCGAUAACUACAAUUUCUCCCGCCUUUUUAACCGCGUUCAGCGUUUACCUAGCCUACAACCCGUCAAGCAACACAAAUAUCUAGAUAAAUUGUUUUCAUUAAACCCCUAAUAAUAGCAUUUUUUUAAAUAAAAUCCGGUAAUUCCCAAAUUGGGCAAAAUGGCGGGGAAGAAGCCACGAGACUAUGCGAAAGACAGAGAUCAACUGAAAACAUUUUUUGAAGAAUUUGUAACGAUUGAUGACAAAACUGGCAACAAGUGCUUCAGAUACAGAGAGCAGCUGACGAAUAUUGCGCACAGAGAGCAGAUUGCAUUUAACAUAAAUUUGGAUGAUGUACGAGAGUUUGAUGAUGAAUUGGCUGAGGCCAUUGUCAAUAACACAAGGAGAUACGUGAAUUUAGUCACUGAGCUCGUUCAGGAGAUCCUUCCGGACUUUAAGGAGCGGACAGUGCCCCCAAAAGACGCGCUAGACAUUUACAUCGAGCACCGCCUGCUGAUGGAGGCCAGGACCCGUCACCCAGGUGACCAGCGAGACCCUCGCAAUCAGUACGCCCCCGAGUUGAUGCGAAGAUUCGAGGUGUACUUCGAAAAUUUCAACGACGCAAAACAGGUCUCCGUGCGAGAAAUGAAAGCAGUCAAUAUCGGAAAACUAACAACAGUCCGAGGAAUUGUGACGAGAUGUACAGAGGUAAAACCCAUGAUGGUGUGUGCCACCUACACAUGUGACCAGUGCGGAGCGGAGACAUACCAAACAAUUCAAUCCCUGAGCUUCAAACCCCUCGACACCUGCGUCAGCGACGACUGCAAAGUCAACAAAUCAGGGGGUAGACUCUACAUACAGACGAAGGGCUCGAAAUUCGUCAAAUUCCAAGAGCUCAAACUGCAGGAGCACAGUGACCAGGUGCCAGUGGGCCACAUACCCAGGACCCUGACAGUCUACUGCCGAGGGGAAACCACGAGAAAUUGCCUUCCAGGCGAUCACAUAAUAGUCACUGGAAUAUUCCUUCCACUUGCCAAAACGGGAUUCAAUCCGAGCGCUGGUGGAGGUCUCCUGAGUGAAACAUUCCUCGAAGCCCACCAAUUGACUCCACUGACAAACCUCGUCAGCGUCGACGACACCAGCCAACAACUCACCCAGGAGGAGCUUGAGGCUCUAACAGGUGAUGAUUUUUAUUCGAAAUUGGCUACAUCAAUAGCACCUGAAAUCUACGGACUGGAAGACGUGAAGAAAGCUCUUCUGCUGCUAUUGGUGGGUGGGACAGACAAGAAAAAAGGAGAUAUCAAAAUUCGUGGCAAUUUGAAUAUUUGCCUGAUGGGAGAUCCUGGUGUGGCUAAAUCUCAAUUAUUGGGAUUCAUCACUCGUCUGGCGCCACGAUCGCAGUACACAACUGGGAGGGGCUCGUCGGGGGUUGGUUUGACAGCAUCAGUCUUGAAAGAUCCACUGACUGGGCAAAUGAUGCUGGAGGGAGGGGCUCUCGUCCUGGCAGAUCAGGGCGUCUGCUGCAUCGACGAAUUUGACAAGAUGCAGGACGCCGACAGAACAGCUAUUCACGAAGUUAUGGAGCAGCAGACAAUAUCCAUUGCUAAGGCUGGGAUAAUGACACGUCUCAAUGCCAGGGUUUCCAUAUUAGCAGCAGCCAAUCCGGCCUUUGGCAAAUACAACGCUAAACGGACGAUAGAACAGAAUAUUCAGCUGCCAGCUGCCUUACUCUCGAGGUUUGAUCUCCUCUGGCUGAUUCAGGAUCGUGCUGAUCGUGAUAAUGAUCUUCGCUUGGCUCAGCACAUCACCACUGUUCAUCGCACUGGCACUCAACCCUCAACCGAGACAACGGCUAUUGAUAUGAAUCUCAUGAGGAGGUACAUUGCACUUUGCAAGACAAUUGAUCCAGCCAUCAGUCCGGACAUCACUGAAUACAUCGUCGAGUCUUACGUUGAUAUGCGAAGAGAAUCGAGGAACAGGCACGAUAAGACUUUCACGUCCGCACGUAAUUUACUUGCUGUUAUACGCUUGGCUACAGCACUUGCACGGUUACGGCUAUCGCCGACUGUUGAGAAGGAGGAUGUUGCUGAGGCUAAUCGGCUCGUUGAGAUGUCCAAGUACUCGAUUAAUUGUUCAGAUGUGCAGGUGGGGGGCAAUCAGCAGAGCACUGCCAAUCGAAUAUUCCAAGUUAUUCGGGAAUUGGCUGGCGAUUUGAAAACUGUCAAGGUCCCGGACAUUCUGCAGAGGUGCACCAGUAAGGGCUUCAAGCCUGAUGAGAUUGAUAAUUGCAUUGAGGAGUAUGAGGAACUCAAUGUGUGGCAGGUAAAUCAAGCCCGCACCAAGGUCACCUUCCUCUAAUUCACAAUUUAUCGAUUUUUUAUUUUUGUUCGUAUUAAUAUUAUUUCAUACAAUAAACGGUUUUUUGUAUAUUA